UGCCAGGGCAAGCAAGCUGCAAAACAUCAGAAGGAGUCUUAAGCACUGGCAGAUGAGCAGGCAAAUAGCAAAGGGAGGGAGUAGGUGAGGGACGAUUUUUGGAGGGGCAGCAUCAGGGCUUUUUUGGAGAGAUGAAUAACUUGUUAUUUUGAAAUUGUCCUCACUGUUACCUUAUGGCCUCAUCAGCUGUUAUUGAAACAAUGGGUUGCAAUGAGUUUUUCCUUCAGUGCUCACUUUUCUUGUUUCUCUUAAUUUCUCAUUCUUUCCUUGUUUGGAGAUGAAGGGAGGAGAGCAUGGGAAGCUGGUGAAGAUUGGAGAGGAACACUUUUUGUUGGAAGAUUAGCAAAUUAUCAUGCAUGAGUCAUGUCUCCUCCCAACAAAAUGUGCCCUAAUGGUUAGAGCAGGAAGAAACAAGGCUGUGAUUUCCUAGAUCACAUUGUUAGCUCUGGGGGUCAGUGAUCUGUCAGCUAGUGCCAAGGAGCUCAGUACUCCACAAGUAGGUCCAGAAGUAACUUUUCUUUCUAGCUCUGUGGAAGGAUUGUGCAUUAGUCUUUGGGGAAAGGAAAUAUGGAAGUCAGGCUAAGGAUUGGAUAAAUUUUUGUGACGCUUAAAAAGAAAGCACUAAAUCCAGUGCUGACAUUAAUGGCAAAAGUCCUAUUGCGCUGGAUUUUCUUUUCCCUUACACAAGUUUUAUACUAACUAGAUCUUCACUGACUUAACUGGCAUUACUCCUGAUUUUACACUGACUGGCAGAUGUGAGAGGAAAAUCACUGGCUUUCAGUAUUUGGCCCAACGAACUAAAAGUUGAAGUAAACUGGUAUUCAUGGCAGUUUGCUGUUUGUUUCAGCUCUAUACAAAAUACUUUAAUUCCUGGACCUGAUUGCUUCAAAUUAGAGACUCAUUAAUCAAGCUCAAUUAGUGAGUACCUUUUGCAGAGAGUUAGCCACACAAUGACUUCUGUUAUUGUCAUCGCUUUGAUAUGUGCUCCCUGGAGUCACCAUACAUGGAAUCCAAGAGUACUUCAGGAAUGAUAAUGCGAUAGCGACAUACCUUAUUUACAUGCAAAACUCAAUUGCUCUUCAAGUAUUAAUUGGGAAGCAAUCAGGCAGCAGCUACGUGGAAACAAUGAGUCAAACUCACUGUAUUUUAAUGUAUUUUUUAUUUGCAUUGGGAUUAGUGAUGAGUAGCUAUGUAGAGGAAAAGAACGUGAUGAGAUGUACUUCACUCCUGAUAUCUGUGGAGCCGUAAUCACACAUUCAGGCACAAUAGCUGGUUGGUUUAAAUUCUGGCUUUGGGUUUGAGCAGUCCUCAGUUCAAAUUCCAUAUGAGUCCUUCAGGAGAAUGAAUCCUCUGGUACUUUUACAUUUAAAAUAAGAGAGAACAAAACACUAAUAAGCUCAUGACCUGGCAGGAGAAUGAAUUGGAAGACCUAUUCUAAUAGGUAUUUUCCCAGUCUAACAUCUACAGUCUGCUAUAGACUUCAUCAUGUAGUCUACAACAGACUACUGACUAAAUCUGGGGCCUGCCAGAUUCUUUAUCUUGUAGCUCUUAUUGGGCUUCUUUGAACUGAACUUCCAAAUCUUCCACUGUCCCAAUCACGGCUCACAAUAUGAAUCAACAAGGCCCAAAUAGCUCUCAGAAAUCUCCCCUCACUACUAUCCUGCCAUCAUUAUUUUUAAGGAUCUUUAACAAUGCUUGUGUGGUGUAAGGGGCCUUAGUGCAAAUGAGAACCAGGUCCUAAAAAUCUUGACCUCAGAGGUGUAUCUCCUACACAAUGAUGAUAGAACAACCUACGUACAGACACUUAUGUGAUUAUUCCCUUUUUAUUAGUCACAGAUCUACAGGCUUGACAAUGCAUCUCUGUCAGCCUUUCAAAGCUCUGGUUCUGGCCGUGGCAUUGAUGGUAUCAUCAGGUGUGGAUAUAAAUAAACAUGAUGCCUGCCCAGUCCUUCAAUGUUGUGCUCCCGGAACCAAUGGUUUAUCAGGUAGAGAUGGAAGAGAUGGGAAAGAGGGUCCCAAAGGAGAAAAGGGAGACCAAGGAGCAGGGCUGAGGGGUUUGCAGGGUUUCCCUGGAAAGGCAGGACCUCAGGGAACAAAAGGAGAUCAAGGACCAGGUGAAAAAGGACAAAAGGGAGAAAGUGCAAGUGAGAAGUCGACUCCUCCCCAACUGUUUUUCUUAGCAUUUGAUGCUCUUCAAAGACAAGUGACUGCUUUGGAAAAGAACAUCCAGACUCUUCAAGCUGACGUUAGCAGACACCAAAAGUUUUUUUCUUUGCGGUGGGUCAAGAGUGUUGGUAAGAAAACAUUUAUGUCAACAGGCACAAAAGAUUCUUUUAAAAAUGGGAAAUCCCUGUGUGCAAAAGCUGGAGUUGCACUCGCCUGUCCACACAAUCAUGCUGAGAACACGGCCUUGCGAGAAAUAUUGAAGGAUUCAGAACAAGCGUAUUUAGGGAUGUCUGAUGUGCAAACUGAAGGCAAAUUUCUGUAUCUGAAUGGAGAACCUGUAACUUACACAAACUGGAACACAGGAGAACCAAACGAUAACAAGAAUGAAGUCUGUGUUGCAAUGUAUGACAAUGGAAAGUGGAAUGACAUAGUUUGUUCAAAUUCAGAAAUGUUAAUUAUUUGUGAAUUUUAAUCUUUUCCCAUGAUACGUUCUGUCACAUUCCAAAGUCCAUUUAAAGCUAUGGAAAUGCUCCAAUUGACUUACUUGGUAGAGCUGAAUAAAUAAUGGAUUUUUCAGUUCAGUGACUAAACUGAAAAAUCUGGGCUGGAGGGAGAGUUAAAUUCAAACUGACACCAAUUAAUUUUUUUUUAAUUUUCCCUCUCAUUGUAAAACUUGAAAAAAUUUCAUUUAGCGUUGACUGGAAUGUUUUGGUGAACUUGCAAUAAUUUUUUUUUCAAGUUAUUCAUUUGGAUUUGAUUGUUUUCAGGUACUUUUCAAUUGCUCAGAUUUGAAUUUGAAAUACUGUUAUGAAACAAAAUGUCAAAACAUUUCGACAUGGUCAAAAUGAAAAUGUUUCAACUUUUAAAAAAAUCAUUUUUUACUAUUUGUCAAAUUUGACCCAAAUUCUCAAAUAGUUUUGGAUCACUGACAUUUUUGACAAAAAAAUCUAUUUGCUGGAAUUCACCCUGAUCUACUAAUGGACUAAGGGCCCCAGAGUUUAAUUCAGGGCUCAGGAAGUUUUAUAUCUAGUCUAAUCGCAAGGGUAUAUAGAGUGUAACAGAUCCAGAGCUGCAGAUCACAACUGGAUGACAAAGGGCUGCAAAGGUGAUAACAUUUCCAGUGUCUGGCAUGAGCGAAGUAUAUUCAAAAGAUGGGAAGGGUGUUGAAUAGGUGUCAUUGUUUUUCUUCUUCAAAUAAUAUGUCAUCUAGGGACAAACCCCUGUAGAGUUAUUUAUUCUCUCUCAUGCUUCUGUACUAACCUGAAGUAUUGUCAUCUCCCAGGUACCCUGCACUGGAAGAAGUGCUUGUUUUUUUGUCGAUGGUUACUGGUUCAGAUGACCAUGUACCAAAGCAGCCACUCAAAUACCCAGGGAGUGACUAGGGAGUGACUAUGCAGUAUUGCUUGUUUUGUGGUCAGGCAGAAAGGCCUCCUCUGUCCCCACACAACCUAGAAACAGUCACAGUUUGUUCUGAACAGCUUUGUACACACAGGACAUUCCCCUAAAGAGUAACCAGAAAUAGAGCUUCUUGACAGUUGUUUUCUCCUUGUCAUAGAGAGAUUCAGACUUGAAUUCCCUAAUGAAAACUUAAAGGUAAUUGUUCAUUCAUUAGGAAUUAAGUUGCCUUGAAUGUAAUGGUACUAUUGCUAAUGAGUGGUGCUCAGAUGGCUGGUCGAUGUACCUUCUUCGGGGUUCCUGUGUAAUUAAGCACGAGGAAAGCCUUUGCUAAUGAACCAGCAUCCCGUGGUUCUUCUCUCUAGGAACAAUCACAGUUCUCAGCUUAGAGUUAAGAUGCAAGCUUGGAGCACUCUUACUACAUCAUGUUAUUGGUACAUUCUUGUCCCUUUUUGUAUGUAAAUAACUGGCAGUGCAUAAUGUUCAUGAUCCUAUGUGAUUUCAGCCUUUAGUGAUGUCAUGGCUCCUAAUGUGUGUUUACUCUAGUACUAAAAAUUGAAAUAAUUGUCACAUAGACGCUUGAAUGCCAUUAUGUCCUAUGCAUCCUUAUGCUCCAUAACAAAAAUCAUUAACAUGCAGAGUAUUCCUAGAGCAUUAACCAUUUUCAUAGUUUUCCAUGCAGCUAGGGAAAACUGCAACAUGCUAUAAGACAGAUCUUAAGUGCUGUAUCUGGUCAAAAGAAGAAUAUAACAUUAAAAUACAUUUAAAUGUGUCCUAUGUGUAAUCAAAAUUACAAUCCAAGAGGAAGAUGCUUUUUUGACAAUCUAGUUUGACACACAGAAAAUGCAGCUCACCAUUUGAAUGCAGCAGAAGGCAGGAGACUCUCAAUGUUGUUACAUUACAUCCAAGGGCUUGACUCCCUCAUAAUUCUCGAAAUGGCCUAAAUGUGAUUUAAGUGACUCAGAGGCUAUUGCUGGCCCUCUGCAUAGGGAAAACUUUCACCCAGUAUGCACUGUAAUGAGGUGAUCACACCCCUUGCUGGAUUAUUCAGAGAAGGUUAAUUCCCUGCAAAGGGAGCCAAGCAUAGACUUUGUCACACCCUGUCAAACUUGCUGGGUUUGGUAAUUAAGGAAAAAGUUUCCUUAAUUAGUUUCUGGGCAUGAAGACUGACCAACGUUUGGUCUUGUCCAGAAAAAAGCAGGAAUUGUCCAGCUCUUCCUCUCCCCAGCCUGAGGAGACAUCAGAGCUGAGCAGGUCUCAGGACUGACACACACAGGGGGCUGAAAUGAGGACUACUGCAGUCCUGUCAGAGGACUGUACCAUUGGACUGAGUCUCACAGCUAUGGCUGUUAUGUUUUUCUUUACUUUAUUUAUUUUAGAAGCAGACAAGACAACCUGUGUAGGAAGAAUGAAGUGGAUGUUUGAAGCUGAAGCAGAUGACUGCUUCAUUAAUUGGGGUGUUGGGGACGUAGCAUGUAGUUAGAUUGCGAGCUCGCCUACAUAUCAGUGGUGCCUCCUGAAAGUGAUGAAUGGGCACCCCCACAACCAAAAUAGAAAGGACUCUUUCUGAAGCCCAGCACUGUGUUUGACUGGUGCGGUUUUCUGUUUGGACUUGUAUACCCUGGAAGGGGAGUACUUUUUAGUUUGGCCAGAGAGCGAACUGCCCUACCAACAGAAGAAGGCUGCAGAAGGACACUGAGCAGCUCCUGCUGACUAAGGGGUAAGACAGCCCCAGACAGCACAAAAUGCUAUUCUUAUCUCUUAACAGAACUUAAUGUACAAGGGUUCUGAAAGCACAGUUGUCUAAGAUACCUUGUUAGACUAGCAACUGACACUGAAAAUCACCAGCAACAUUCGCUACUAUGGAGACAUUCAUAUGGCACCUAAUACAUUCCUUUCCCUUUCAAAGAGUAAACUCCAAUCCUGCAAACACUGCCAGAUUUAGGUCCUGAUUCUCCAAGGUGCCAAACACCUGUAAUUCCAACUAAAAUCAGUGGGAGAUAUGGGUGCUCACCAGCUCAGAAAAUCAAGCUCUAGGGCUCCUAUUCAGGAAAGUACUUAAGAAUAUGCUUAACUUUAAGCAAAUGCUUCAGUCUUUUGCUGAAUCAGGGUCAUAGCCUAACAAACAGAAAUAGCCCCACUGACUUCACUCGUCCUUUCAACGGGACUAUUCCAAUCACUUGGUAGUACGUUUUUAUAAGACUCGGCCCUUAAUUUUUAACCCAUCUUCAGACAAAAUCCUCUAGUAAAAUCCUCCUGGGAAUCUGGAUCCACGCACUUGAACAAACGCAAACUCAUGCCAACUAUCUUCACUCCACUCCUGUUGCACUCUUACCGCUAGGUGGCAUUAUAACACAUAACAUGUAUAUGCAAAAUGUUGUACUUCCAAACCAGUCAGCCAGAAAGGAAGUACCCAACUACACCUUUCUCUUGGGGAAGGAAUUUGAAUAUGACUUUUCUUCUCAGAUAAUAUAGCCAGAUAAUCAACACUUUGGAAGUCUGAAGGUUUGUCAGCCUCUCAAAAUAUAUAAGUGUUUUAAGUUACAAAGCUAGUUGAAAUUCACAAAGCCCUCCCUUCUCAACAGCAGUAUUGCUAACCCCAAGCAUUCAAAAAUCAUGAGUCAAGAUCCAAAAACUCAUUGGAUUAGCUUUAAAAUCAUAUUUUUUAAAUAAUAUGUUUAGGGUUCUCUUUAUUUGCCUUCUACGUUCUGAGCCCUUAAGUUUAAUAUUUUCAACCUUUCCUCUGCAACCAGGAAGGCUAGAAACCUUUUUCUAAGAGUCUUACAUAGUAACCUGGCUUUAGGAAAAACUUUAAAUAGCAUUAGACUCAGCCAUAAACCAUAGUGUAACUCUCUCUUUUCAAGGAUGAGACAACUGGAAAAAUGAAGGACACGUAUUCCCAGCUAAAGUGAUUUCUGUGUUACACUUAAGGGACAGAAUCAUCACCCAAAAGCACAAACUGGCCCUUGUCAGUUGACUUGUAUGUGAAAUACGUCAUGUUAGAGUUACAUUAAGAUACAUAUGUAUAUCUGUCCAGUUUGAUAGAUAGACAUGUUUGUAUGCUAUUCAUCUAAUAUUGUUUUUUUAUAAUAUGCACUGUGUACAGAUCUCUCCACUCUGGGCCUUUUGGUAUGUUUUGUAGACUAGAAUAGAAUGUGAAAGAAUACUACAUUUCCUCACUGCUAACACUGGAUCUGAAAAACAGAGUCAGAGAGGCCAUGAAGGAAGGAAUAAGAGACAAAUAAUGAAACUGUGAAUUAUUGCUUAAAAAUGUGUGUUGUCUCAGGGAAACAAAAAGUAGCAAAUAUUAAGUUGUUGAAAAUUCUGAGCAGAUUCUCUUUUAGCAGUAUCCUUCUACUUCCAACCAAGUCUAAAUCCACUAUUCUGUAGCAAUCCUAUCCUCUUCCAUAAUACAGUAGCAGCCAUUGUGGUAUUAAUUUUAUAUCUUCUUUAUUAUUAUGACUAGUGAAAUCUUUUUUUGCACAGAUCAGGCCACAGGGAGGCACAUUACAGCAGUAGAACGGUAAUUAUUGGUACUGGAGAAGGUUAUACAUUUUCUAAAGCAUAUGCAGAUCUGCAUUAUAUUUUCCUUGUCAUCAUUGGUAACUGUAGCAGGGUGGUUACCCCACUCCUGCCCUGAAGGGCUUAAAACAGCCCAGAAGAAGCCUGGGCUGAUUGGGGAAAGUGGGCUCAGCUGUGGCCAUGCUCCAAUCAGGCCCAGCUGGCCUGUAUAAAAAGGCUGUGAGGAGCUCAAACAGUUUCUUUCUGUGCUUAGAGGGAGAUGGGCCUGGCUGCAGGGUGUUAGAGACAGGGUACCUGAGUGGAGCAGGGCUGCGUAAAAGCUGGGGAGCUCCAGCCUGGAAAGCCCCAGGCAGAAGGCCAAGAGGUACUGGGGGUUGCAGAGGGCAGCUUGGGGUAGGCCAGGGCAGGAGGUCCAAACCCAACCUUGCCAGUGAUGAGUAGGCUGAUACUGCAGUCUGCCCCAGAGUGGGGGGCUAGAUGAUGACUGGCAGUAGCCCUCUACUGAGAUGAGGUGGGGAUUGUGGGUCGGGGUUCCCUUGGGAGGGGAGACCCUAAGACUGAGGGGUUACUGCCAGGGGGCAACAUCCCAGGUAAAAGGGCAGUGGGGUCCAGGGAGGGACAUGGGGGCCAGAGGACAGGCAGAUCACUGGCCUGCAGAAGGUCCUCUGGAGCUGGAAUGAGCUAAUUCCUAGAUGUCAUCAGCAGGAGGUGCUGCUGGGGUGAGUCACCACUGUUACAAUAACACAACUUGAUAAUUCUCAAGUGAAACGUGUUCCUUUUCUUCAUUAAUUGGUGUCCUGCAGCUAUGAAAACUAGGGCUUUUAAAAGUUUUUUGUGUGAGGUUUUUAGUUAAUAUUUAUAUGAAAAUGAAGGAAAGACUUCAGUCCCUAAAAGACAGGCCUCAGAUAUUUAUGUCAAGAAAGAGACAUUCUAUGGAUAUGAAUGUUCUCCCGGCUACAGGGAUCAGAGAGUAAUUUGAUCGCUCAUCUGAGACUGACUCCAGAGCAUUGUGGUGGGUUUUGUGACCUGUUCACUUGGAGUUUAACAAAGAUGAUCCACAUAUUAUAUAUCCAAUAGGCUAUUUGUCAGGCAUUAGCUAGCACCAACUUUCAGUUACUGAUCAGUGCUAUAUUUGGACAGGUAUCUUGCAGAAAAUGUGAAUGGUUCCAUCUCCCCUGGCCAAACAUCUGAACCAUCCAGUUUCCCGCAAUGAGCAUCAAAGAUAAUCUAAAAUAUGCCACACACAAGUGACAGACAUGAGAAAUCCAUUUGUGUGAGCAAAAGACUCAUAUCUGCGAACGAUAGGAGCCAUCUUAUCUCUUGAGGUAUUUGCCUAUAAGAUGUCUCUCUUAUUUUUUAAAUUCAUACUUUGUUAAAAAAGAUCUUGAUUUGAAAUUUCUAAAAGUGAAGGAGCAAAAACCAUAAAUAGAGUGACAAUUUCAGAAUUCCCUGCUUACCAUCCAUUCCUUAAAAUGAAUCUAUAUUCUCUAUUUUUUUUAACCAAAUAAAAAUUAUAGAAUCAUAAGUUUUGUGAUUUGGAAUAAUUAGGGAACAGUAAAUGUGGAAAAUAAAUAUCAUCAUCCUUAAGAGAAAUGUAAAGCUUUUUAAAUAUAAUUUAUAGAGAAUAUUUUAAUUAAAAUGGAAUGCUCCAUUUUCUAAUCCCGUCUCACCCAUAAUUACAUAUAACCUUUGCUGGUUUAAUAAUGGGGGACUGCUGCACAACUUUUAUACUCUGAGUUUUUUCUCAGUAACUAAAGGCUGACCAAACAAUUACUUUGCCUCUUUAAACUGUGUGACCUGUGAAAUUCAUUUUGCAAUUCAAUAUCCCCUAAUUGCAAUGUAAAUGACAAUGUGCCUGGAGAGUCCUAUAUGGACGUGGAAUGCAAAUUAAUCUUAGUGAGGUUUUUGGGAUGAUUUGCUCAAUACAAUGAAAUAUUCAAUAUUGUUAGAAAUGUGACAGUGUACCCCAUAAAGCUUUAUGGGGAGGGGGUCCAUCUAGCUGACCCAUUGGAAACAAAGUGGGAUGCCCAAAGGGGUCCAGAGCACUCCAGGGAAAGAUGUUCUUGCUACACUUGCAAGAGAUAAAACUCUCGCUCCAAGACAGGGGGGGGGGGGGGGGGAGAGAAUCUCUGCAUGGGAGGAACUUCACAAGGGAGUGGGGCCCAGCCCAGACAAACUCUAGAGGGAGGGGCCGAGGGCAAGCAUGGUUGUAGGAAGCAUGGCCCUUUCCUGGCCAAAGACCCAAGCACACGCCUGAACUAAAAGUCUUCCUCAAAGAGGCAGAAGAAUCUGCAUCACAGUGUCUACCAGAGAGCACAGACAACUGGGAAAAAGCAAUAGAUGCUAAACAAGUCAAAUUCAGUGAACGAAGCCUGUCCAUCGUAGAUUUGCUGUUAACCUUGUGUCUUUUGCUAAUUCACCUAUGGGAUAAAACAAAAGAAUUCACACUAGUGGUAAACCCUUUAAAGAUGUGGGACAUACCUAAUUUGUGGAAGAAGCUGUUAUACAUGGUGGGGAUGGUGACAACACAGCCCCACCAGCAUGUUACUUUACAGCCCAUACCUGUAAAAAGCAGCAAAAGCAUAACAGGCCCAUGCUGCUGUGUAGAAGGGAAAACUGAGGCACACCACCUCAUGGCAUUGGUGGCUAAAUGCCCAGACACCUCCACUUUAACAGAUAUUGCUGUCUGCAUUCUGUUAGCAAUACUACAUCCCAACCUGUUUGCAAGCAUCUGGGGACCAGGAACCCCAAAAUGGGCUAGAACCCCUAGGAGUGACAUCAUAUGGUUUCAAGGUACUGAAAAGGAGUGUGACCAAAGACAAACAGAAAUUUUACAGGUACUGCCUCCGCCAUGGACAGUGUCCAAGUCUCUGGCAGUAAGUUCAGGGGGAGGGUGUGACAGUGUACCCCAUAAGGCUUUAUGGGGAGGGGGUGCUUAUAAAUGUAUGUAUGACAUAACUGGAAUAUGUUUUGUGCUGCCUGUGCCAUGUAAUAUAUCUCCAUAAAGGUUAUGGUCUACUAUAUCUAUUCAUCCUAUUUGUACAGAUAUAUCAUUUUCUACUUGAGGUUAAGAAUAUGGGCUGUAUGCUUGCUUGGUUUCUAAGUAAGAUUUGUGAGGCAUUUGGUCAGCUUCUUUAGGAAGGAAUUCGCCAGGUUAAGUACCUGAUCAGGAAACACUUGGAGAACAAUGCAUCUUGGAAUGCUCCAAUCCACUUAAGAAGUCUUCCUGAAGACAUGCAAGAUACCAUGUGGACAAUGGCUUCAGCCUGUAAAGACUGAGUCAUGCAGGGACAUGUGACUUGCCCAGGUGACUCCAAAACUCCAUCUUGGAGCUGGACUUUGCAUAGGAGGGAGGGGGGGGUCUCCACCCACAAGAGUCUAUUUAAACACAUGGGAGAUCCCUCCAUUUGGUCUUCAGCUGGCUAAGGAAGGAGCCUCUCCACCCCCCCAGGAUACUUGAAGGGAACUGGAACAAAGGACAGUAACUACAGGGGGUGUGAGUGAUUGCUGGAACCAGGCUAAAAGGAGAUUAGCCUGUAAAAAGGAGCGUUCUGGAACUGGUGAGGAUCUUAUCUGUAUUUAGUUUGAUUAGACAUAGAUUUGCGCAUUUUAUUUUAUUUUGGUGACUUACUUUGUUCUGUCUUACUACUUGGAACCACUUAAAUCCUAUUUUCUGUAUUUAAUAAAAUCACUUUCAAUUUA